CUGGGAGCUGGGGUAGGGAAGACACCUUCCCUCACCCUAAGCUGGGGGGCUGGGACACCUCCCUGCCCUUCUCCUGGGAGGGCCCAGCCUGAUCUGCGUAGUGGCGCGCCUGCCAGUCUGUGACCCUCCCAGCCAGCUUGGCAUGGGUGUGGGCACCACUCAGUGCUGAAGGCUGCAACUCUGGGCAUGGGAGAGGAGGUUGGGUAACAGCAAAGCCAGGACUUCUGGGCCUGUGUGUGUCUGCAUCCUGGUGUGUGAGUGUGAAUGGAACAGGAGUGUUGAGAAUGCUUAAGUGAUAUGUAAAUAUCUGAUGGGUCAGUGUGUGUGUGUGUGUGUGAGUGAAAAUAUGUAGUUGUCUAAAAAAGUGUGUGUGAAUGUGUGAGCCUGUGAAUUUGGAAUGUCUGAGUGUAUCUGUGAAAGUAUGUAUGUCAGUGUGUAUACUUGGGGGAAAAUGUGUGUGGAUGUGCGUGGAACUACAUCUGAUCAUAUGUCAAUGAGAGUUAGAAAAUGUACAAGGUGGUUAAAAGCACAUGCUCAGGUGCUAGACUGCCUGGGUUUGAAUCCUGGCUUCCUAACUCACCAAAUAAUAGCCUUUGCACCUCACUCUCCUCACCUAUAGGACGGGGAUAAUCAUAGCAUCAACUCAGAGUUGUUGUGAGGAUUAAAUGAGAUAAUAUGUAUACAGCACUUGGCCUAUCAUUCAUUAAGUGCCAAGUAAGUAUUAGCUAUUCCUAUAUAAUUAGAUGUGUGAGUGUGCUUGUACAUAUGUGUGUACAUAUGUCUAUACAAGCGUUUGUCCAGGCCUCCAGGACAUGGUAUGGUGGCCCAGCCCUGCUGUCCUCUGUCUCGCUCUGAUACCUUCUCCUCUGCAGGCCCAGGUGAGCGGCAGAGCAAAGGAGGAAUGGACUGUGGGCCACCUGCCACCCUCCAGCCCCACCUGGUCGGGCCAGCUAGCACUGCCCGCCACCCAGUAGCUGUGUGCCAGCAGGAGAGUCUGUCCUUUGCGGAGUUGCCCACCCUGCAGCCCCCAAGUCCUGUGUGUCUGGAUCUCUUCCCUGUCACCCCAGAGGAGCUGCAGGCUCCUGGCAGCCGCUGGUCCCUGGGGACCCCUGCUCCUCUCCAAGGGCUGCUAUGGCCCCCAUCCCCAGGAGUCCCAGACACGGAGAUCUCCACCAGUGGAGGGAUGCGGCCCAGCAGGGCUGGCAGCUGGCCACAUUGUCCUAGUGCCCAGCCCCCAGCUCUGGAGGGACCCUGGAGUCCCCAGCACCCACAGCCGCAGCGCCGGGCCAGCCAUGGCUCAGAGAAGAAGUCAGCUUGGCGCAAGAUGCGGGUGUACCAGCGUGAAGAGGCCCCUGGCAGCCCCGAGCCCCACGCUGUCUUCCUCGAGCCUGGCCAGAUGGCAGAGCAGACCCUGAACACAGAGGAGCCUAGGCCGCUGGAGCUGUCUGGGCCCGCCCGAGUGGUCCUUGAGGGGCCUGAGCGGAGACGCUUCUCAGCAUCUGAGCUGAUGACCCGGCUGCACUCCUCCCUGCGUCUAGGGCGGAAUUCGGCAGCCAGGGCACUGACCCCUGGGUCGGGAACUGGAGCAGCCCGGGAAGGGAAAGCAUCUGGAAGGGAGCUGCGCAGUGUAGAGAUGCGGGCAGACGGUGUGGCGAUGGCAGCGCCUGUUGAUCUGAGCGGGGGCCAUGGCAGCUGGCCUGAGUCCAGGCUGGACUCGCAGGAAGAGUCAGCUCUGGGUUCCAGGGGCGACAGCGAGCGACGCCAGUCACGGUUCCUCCUUAACUCCGUCCUCUACCAGGAAUACAGCGACGUGGCCAGCGCCCGCGAACUGCGGCGGCAGCAGCGCGAGGAGGAGUGCCCUGGGGACGAGGCCGAGGGAGCGGAGGAGGGGCCGGGGCCGCCGCGCGCCAACCUCUCCCCGAGCAGCUCCUUCCGGGCGCAGCGUUCGGCACGAGGCUCCACCUUCUCGCUGUGGCAGGACAUCCCCGACGUGCGCGGCAGCGGCGUCCUGGCCACGCUGAGCCUGCGCGACUGCAAACUGCAGGAGGCCAAGUUUGAGCUGAUCACGUCCGAGGCCUCCUACAUCCACAGCCUGUCGGUGGCCGUGGGUCACUUCUUAGGCUCAGCUGAGCUGAGCGAGUGUCUGGGGACACAGGACAAGCAGUGGCUGUUUUCCAAACUGCCUGAGGUCAAGAGCACCAGCGAGAGGUUCCUGCAGGACUUGGAGCAGCGGCUGGAGGCAGAUGUUCUGCGCUUCAGUGUGUGCGACGUCGUGUUGCACCACUGCCCGGCCUUCCGCCGUGUCUACCUGCCCUAUGUCACCAACCAGGCCUACCAGGAGCGCACCUACCAGCGCCUGCUCCUGGAGAACCCCAAGUUCCCCAGCAUCCUGGCUCGCCUGGAGGAGUCUCCUGUGUGCCAACGCCUGCCCCUCACCUCCUUCCUCAUCCUGCCAUUUCAGAGGAUCACCCGCCUCAAGAUGCUGGUGGAGAACAUCCUGAAGCGGACAGCACAGGGCUCUGAAGACGAAGACAUGGCCACCAAGGCCUUCAAUGCACUCAAGGAGCUGGUGCAAGAGUGCAAUGCCAGUGUGCAGUCCAUGAAGAGGACGGAGGAGCUCAUCCACCUGAGCAAAAAGAUCCACUUCGAGGGCAAGAUCUUCCCGCUGAUCUCUCAGGCCCGCUGGCUGGUGCGGCACGGGGAGCUGGUGGAACUGGCACCAUUGCCUGCAGCGCCCCCUGCCAAGCUGAAGCUGUCCAGCAAGGCGGUCUAUCUGCACCUCUUCAAUGACUGCUUGCUGCUCUCCCGACGGAAGGAGCUAGGGAAGUUUGCUGUCUUUGUCCAUGCCAAGAUGUCCGAGCUGCAGGUAAAGGACCUGAGCCUGAAGCCCCAGGGCAUCCCUGGACACGUGUUCCUCCUUCAGCUCCUCCACGGGCAGCAUGCGAAGCACCAGUUCCUGCUGAGGGCCAGGACGGAAAGUGAGAAGCAGCGAUGGAUCUCGGCCAUGUGCCCUUCCAGCCCCCAGGAGGACAAGGAGGUCAUCAGCGAAGGGGAAGACCGCCCCCAGGUUCAGUGUGUCAGGACAUACAAGGCACUGCAGCCAGAUGAGCUGACCUUGGAGAAGACUGACAUCCUGGCAGUGAGGACCCGGACCAGUGACGGCUGGCUGGAGGGGGUCCGCCUGGCAGAUGGUGAGAAGGGGUGGGUUCCCCACGCCUACGUGGAAGAGAUCAGCAGCCUCAGUGCCCGCCUUCGAAACCUCCGGGAGAAUAAACGGAUCACGAGUGCCACCAGCAAACUAGGGGAGCCUCCUGCCUGAUGGGCAGCCAUGGCCUAGGACACCAGCUCCCGGACAGGUCUGGAGGGGCCCGGCAGUGUCUCCAUGCCCCAAGGCGCUGCUGCUAGGACUUCUGUCGCCAGGCAUCAAGAGUGCAGCCUGUCCUCAUGCUCCUCCGCGUCCACUCUUCAGGGCCAAGGGCGGUUUCUUCCUCUGGCACGGGGGCCACACCAGGUGACCUCUGAUAUCUGACUAUGAGUGGGGCCCUCUCCCUUCCAUGCCCUUGACCCUGCCUGACUCCUGGUCCCUCCAGCAGGGGCCCGGCUGGGAAAGGCUCUGGUGUUAAUGGAUACUGGGACCUGUAUGUACUUGGGGUCUUCUGGCCAGAGCCUGUUGUGUGGGUCCUGGUUAUUGUGACUUGUCUGUAAAUAAACUCCCAUAACGCCUUU